AAACACGAAAGAGAAGAAAGUCUCUGCGCAGGAGGUUCGACUCCUUUUCAAAGGAAAAGAAGGAGAGAGAAUCGGCUCCCAAAGCCUUCAGCAUCCCGCUGUCCCAGGUCAUCGCCAACGACAGGGCCUACAAGCUGCAGCAGGACGCCCUGAAGGAGAGCAGGCGCGACUGCCUGGACCUGGAGGCCAGCAUCCUGCGCUUCAGGGCCGAGAAGAGGCAGUUCUUCAACGGGAACAAGGCGCUGGUCGGCUCCGCCUCCAUCACUUCAGGCCUGUCCUCCCCGUCGGCGAACUCGGUGGCACCGGCGCCGAUUUCGGAAGCUCAGAGCCAAACGCUGUCGCCCACGUUUCAGGACAACACGGGCAGAGGACAGAGGAGGGGAGGUCUGUCGGUAGACUCCAUCUCCGACCUGGUGGAGAGUCAGUCCCGUCUGCUGGAGGCGCUGCAGCUCUCCCACCCUGCUGAGCUGGAGCUGAGGAAGUCUCCUGCGGAGGGCAGGACUCAGAACAAGCUGAGCCUGAACCCCAUCUACAGACAAGUGCCACGCGUGCUGGAGCGGUGCUGCUCGCACAUCCAGACCUACGGUCUUCAAACUGUGGGCAUUUUCCGGGUCGGGAGCUCCAAGAAGAGAGUGAGACAGCUGCGGGAAGACUUCGACAGAGGGGUGGACUUGCAGCUGGACGAGGAGCACAGCGUGCACGACGUGGCCGCGCUCCUCAAGGAGUUCCUGAGGGACAUGCCGGACCCGCUGCUGCCGCGGGAGCUGUACCCCGCCUUCCUGCACGCCAGCACGCUGAAAGACGCAGACCAGCUGCAGUACCUGCAGCACCUCCUCUACCUGCUCCCCCCCUGCAACUGUGACACGCUGCUGCGCCUCCUCUCGCUGCUGAACACGGUGCAGAGCUUUGCUCAGGACAGCAUUGGAACCAACGAGGAGGAGAUUCCCGGGAACAAGAUGACCGCCGCCAACCUGGCUGUGAUUUUUGGGCCGAACCUGCUCCAGCGGGAGCGAGGAGGAGGGGGCGACGUGAGUCCUCAGGCGCUGGGCAUGGAGGACAGCACGGCCAUCAUCGGUGUGACUCUGGUGCUGAUCCAGAACCACAAGAAGCUCUUCAUGGUGUCUGCAGAGCUGCAGCAGGAGGUUCUGAUGAGUCUGAUCCAGACCGACCCGGACGUCAUCGACUAUCUACUGAAGAGGAAGCUCAGUGGAAGUCACCUGACCGUGGAUCCGGAAAAUGGGUCGGAGGGGCGCCGGGACACCGGGAUAUCUUUGGAUUCUUUAGGAGCUUCCAGUCAGAGUCCGUCGCCUCUGGAGCCGCCCUCGCCGCUGUUUCCACCAGACAGAAGAGGACGGGAAAGCAGCCUGAGCAGCGAGGUGUUCCUCAACGUCCUGAAGCUGAACCAGAACAGAAAGGCCCGAUAUGGUGACGCUCCUCCUGGAAAAUCCAUCCGCCACAUGCGCCAGUUCCACUCCCACCACAACCUGCUCAGCCUGUCGCCGUCCUCUCCCGCCUCUUUAUCUCGGCUCCACAGCCAGGACAGCGACUCCCAGGACCGCCUGGGCCGGGGCGUGCUGGGGUCCUUCAGCCUGGGCGGUGGCGGGGGGAGCUGCUCCAGCCUCAGCUCGUCGGAGAGCAGCGUUUGGGUCAGGCAGACCCCCCAGGGGGAGGGCAAACCUCCUGCUUCCACGACAAACUUCUGGGACUUCUUCACGGGAAAAGGGUCCAGCUCUGAGACUGUGGUGUGACGUGGGCGGAGCUUAGAGUGCAUUCAUGCUUUCAGAGGGCGGAGUUCCCGUGUUUCAGGGGGCAGAGGCUGGAUACUCCCACGUCUUUGGCAGCUCAUGAAGGCAUCGAGGUGAAGAGUGAUGUUUACACAUGAAAAUCAUCCGUGGUGAAGCUGAGCACCAUCAUGACUGUAAAUCAAGUCUGCAGAAAGACGAGUUCAUCUUCAUCACACGCCCUUUUUACACAUUUAUUUGAAUUCAGCUCAGAUUCUUCCAAAAAGUCCAGAAUUUUGACUGAAUCAAGUUAGGUCGGUUCAGUUUUGCUGCAGAUAUAAAAAAAUUGACAACAAAAGAAGAAAAUCAGAGAAGAAACUCUCAACUUUCCAGCAUUUAAACAGGUUAAAAUGGAUUUCUGCUUUGCCAAAACUUUUUCUAAGAUUUCUUCCAAAUGUUUGGACGGUUGAGAUUUUUUACUUCGGGAAGAUUUUUGAUUUCCUCAGGUUGCAUUAUGUUUGGUUGGAGUUUCUUUAACUUUGUGGAACUUUUUUACCAUCAACGAAGGUUACAGAAGAAGCCCAAACCAUAAUACCACCUCCACUUUGUCACAGAUGUUUGCGCAGACGUUCCUUCAGACUCUGGCUGCAGCAUUUUGGACCAGUUUUAGUGAAGAAUCACAGCAGUCUAAUAACGUUCCAGCUUUCGGGAUUAUUCCAGGUUUGAAAGAAGGAUGUUCUGGAAGCCGUAUAUUUGAGUCGAAAUCAAAUUUCCGUGACUUGAUGGUUUCUCACAGCGAGACCCAAUCUGACUUUAGGAAAUAAAAAGUUCAUAAUUCUUCCAACAUUCCUGAAACCUUUUCGAAGUCUCCUAAUUCAGAUGUCUCAAAGUGGCGGUCCUGCGGCCCCGCCUUAAUCUGAAAGUUCAGUGUUGGUGCAGCCCUCGAGUUGUGUAUGAAUGGCACUUUUACAGUGGUGAGUGCAGAGCUGGGGAACCGACCAAUCACAGUGGAGUAUAUGGCGUGACAUUGACUGGUCUUGAAGCAGAGAAACUUUUAGGGCCGAAAACCUGACUCCCCAGAUCACAUUAAUGAGUUCCUUACGGUCCAGACUCUCUCUUCAUUGGCCCCAAGGUAAAAUGAGUUUGAGAACCCGGUUCUAAUUCAAUAGGUAAAUAUAGCAGAGUGUCAUCAGUGGAACAACAGACUUGUAUGCUGUGCCGACUGUGACCUGAUUUUUUUAAUCAUUGCUAUGAGCGUUCAGAUGUUGGCCUUCAAAAAAGAAAAGAUGGGUCAGUAAUUAACCCAUUAUUGACCCAUUGUCUUAAUUGUUAGAGACACACUCCAAUGAAAAUGGUGUUUUUAACAUGACAUAUAUAAAGAAAUUUAAGCUCAAAGUUUCUGAGUAUUUCUUUAUUCAAAUCAUUGUGAAUUAAGCGUAGACUAAAAAUUAAGCGGAUGGGCGGGGUUAAGUCGCACCAACUGUCCCGCCCACAAGUCAAAGGUGAAUUCCUAAGGAAGGCUCUGCAGAAACUAUAUCCUUGAUAAUUGUAUUUUUUUACGUUGGCAAAAAAUGGAAUUAAAAGAUUUCUGGGAAUGCUUUUAAAAGGAUUGUAGUGGGACUUUAACAAGAGAAAUCAGACGUCUUCUGUGUGGUUUCUUGAGGAAUCACAGAUCGAACUUUGGUUUCACCUCGUCUGCCUCCACUUCAUUUAAGGAAACAAUCAGUGAUGAAUGAAGACACAACCCCGAACUUCUCAUUUUUGUGUGAUGUGAUGCUGGAAGUUUCUUCACUCGUUCUCCAUGUUGGCAGAAAGCAGGCUCUGUCACUGAACGCUCACACCCCUCUAAGCGUGAACUCUUGAAGUGCUUCAGCGUGUUUGUACCACAGAUAUUGACGAUGAUGACUCAGCAGAUUUUUACGAAACAGAACUGUUUUGACGGUGUGACCUUGUUGUCAUCCCUUUUUCACAGGCGAUCAUUGUAAAAAUAAAAAAUCUAAUUUUCUUGUUAAAAUCA